AUGCCAUUGGCAGAGGCACAAGCGUUUCUUGAGGACAAGGAGCUACACUUGAUGAAGGGCUUGGAAUUGAAGAACAAGCGCAUUGCGAAGGUGAAGGCUCGAUGGCUUCAGCUCACAAUUCCAAACGGCAAAAGGGAGCUGAGGCCAUACUGUACGAUCGAGCUGUUCUUUGGUGCUUGCAAUACGGUGCUGAGGCCGACAUACAUGAAGCGUUGCACUUGA